ACUCGCUGCUGCAGCUCCUCCGUUAAGCGCUAGAGAGCCAGGCAGUCAGUUAGUCGGUCGGAUAGGCAGGCAGCGAGCCUGGCAGGCAGGCAGCGAUCGGAUAGGAAGGCUAGCAAGGCGGACGACUGAGCCAGCAACCUACUGUUCAGCCUGCGGACGACCACUGCCGCCGCCACUUCGACCCGCCGCCGUUUACCGAGGGUUUGUGAGAACACUUUCGUGAAACAUGUGAUUUGUUCCUCCACGACACGAUAAAAUCGUCGGACACCAUGUCUACUCCCGACUCCCAAAACUGGGGCGUGGAACUUUGGGAUCAAUACGAUAAGAUCUCCGCCCACACCCAGAAUGGAGCCCUAUUCCUGGAGAACUUCCAAAGCUUUAUCAAAGACAGAUCUACGAUCGAAUUCGAGUAUGCCGACCGGCUCCGGAAAAUGGCCCGCAAAUAUCAGCCGAAGAAAACGCGCCCCCAAGGCCAGGAGGACGAAGAAGCGAACUUCAGCACCCACGUAGCGUUCAACAAAAUGCUCGAGGAAGUUGUACAUCUAGCGAAUCAGCACGAAAGGAUUUCGGAAGCGCUGGUUCAGAACAUAGCUAGGGAGAUCGCCGGUCUCGUAAAAGAGCUCAAAGAUGAACGGAAACGUCUACUCGGCGAAGGCACCAAACUGCAACAGAAUCUCCAGAAUUGCGUGGCCCAAAUGGACAAGUGCCAGAAGGCGUACGGCAAAGCCCAUCGCGAAGCCGAAAAAGCGCAUGAGAAACACGAACGUGCCGAAAAAGACAUGCAUCUUUCACGAGCCGAGGUCGAGAUCGCGAAGCAGUCUUCCCUAGCCAAGAACCAGCUCUGCGAAGAAGCGAAGGCUGAGUACGCCGCACAACUGCAUAAGACCAACGAACUUCAACGAAUGCACUUCAACGACUUAAUGCCCAGAGUGUUCAACGACCUCCAGCAAAUGGACGAACGCCGAAUAACCUGUAUACAGAGCUUCAUGAAGCAGGUGGCCGAGUCGCAGCUGAAGGUGGAACCGAUAAUCAACAACUGUCUGAAAGGAAUAAUCACGGCCGCUGACGGCAUAGACGCCAUCAAGGAUUCGGAACGCGUUAUAGAAACUUACAAGAGCGGGUUUACCCCCCCGGACGACUUCCCGUUUGAGAACCUCAGCGAUGAGAAGCCUAACGGGGCGAGUUUGACCUAUAGCUCGAGCACUAGCGGUGGCAUAGGGCACAAAGAUAAACUCACGAUGCGAGGGACGCUCUCUGGCAAGACCAAAAAGCGGAACAUUCUGGCAAACAUUUUCGGCCCUUCGAACAAGAACAACAACGAGGACGCCAAGGAGGAGACGUGGGUCGACCUUCCCCCGAAUCAGAGGAAGAAGAAGAUUCAGAAAAAGCUCAAAGAUGUUCGCAGUGAGUUAGAGCACGAGACGAAUCAGAGAGACGGACUGCACAAAAUGCGGCGAACAUACGAAGAGAAUCCGAAUCUCGGGGAUCCGGCUUCCCUGAACGCCGAAACCGAGCGCUGCAAUAAGCAAAUCGACACCUUACACGAACAAGUGCAGAAACUUCAAAGCCUCCUGAACGAGAUCGAAUCCUCGACUCCGGAUACCGCCAAGAGACAAAGUAGUCACACGCGUGGGAAUUCCAUUAUCAGCGAGGAUACGGGCUCUCUCUCGCGCUCGAACUCGGACGAGUCGAACAUCCACAAUAACUCAGUGUACGCGACGAUUCCAGGAGGCGGGGCCUACACCUCAAACGGGGACCAUGCCGCCUACAAUUCUGAGAGCGGGGUAGGGAGUGGGUCGUUGAGAGACAUUGACGAUCCAGAAUUCGAAGACCAUCACGAAGAAGACGAGACGUUGCCCCCUCUGGGUACAGCUGUCGCUCUUUACCCAUUCGAAGCCGAGAAUGAAGGAGCGAUCGCCAUGUCUGAAAACGAUGAAAUGUACCUCGUGGAACUCGACCAAGGAGACGGCUGGACGAGGGUACGAAUGAGAUCAACGGGUGAAGAAGGAUUCGUACCGUCGUCGUAUAUCGAAAUCAGCAUGUACAACACCUGCUAGCUUUGUUGCUCCCAGAAAGUGCCGUGAAGGUUCCGGACAGCCCUCCGAACUCUUUGGAGCGCAAUCCACCCCUGUAGUUCUUAGAUGGAGGAUGGAAGGAACCUUCGACUGGUGAAGUCCUGGGAUAUUGUAAGAGAAUAUACCGACAGAAGCUCUCCGAUACGUAGAGAUAUUUCUAAUUGAGGCCAUGGCGCAGUCACCAGAAAGUCGAUGAACCACUCAGCGAUAGAAUCAAACGGGAAACGGAUACGAACUUGCAGGCGAUUGUGAGGAGGAGUUCGGGAAAUUUCUUCGAUGAGCGCGCCAAGCAAUACGGCAUCGGAAAAGUUUAAAGAGAGCGUCUAAAUUAUAUUUAUUCCGUGGUACCGAACGCAGAUGUUGCUCGUGAAUCUUAGCGACGGAAUCCACGCUUCGGCUACACAAGCGUUCGAGCGAUUUACACCGGCGGCAAUUAUUGUCGGGCUUGAACGCAGGAAACUGCGAACAGACGGGCGGUCGAGCUUCUGAGUGCAGAAAUCGGAGGCGGAGAGCAAAUUCUAUCAGUUACCAGAUUUGAGAAGUCGGAGCAAGGGGAAAUCGUGUCAUGUAGACAGAUAGGCGAAGAGACUAUACCGAAGAUGCGACUACGAGAUGAUAUGAGGCCACCACUCAUGUAAAUACUUCAAUCAAAACCUAUCAGAUUAUGUAUACCCAGUCAAAUUGAGUCGAAGGCGUCUUUCGUGGAGUGUCAACAUCAAUA